GCACGCCAAGACUGGCCAGGGCUGUCCUCACCCCACCCCUGGUGAGCUUCAAGGCCACCUACAGACAAGGUAGGUGUCUGGAAGCUGUCAGGAACUGCUGUGUGCCCUCAGGUGGGACGCUCAGCCUCUCAGAGCCACGGAGUUGGCAUGAGCUUGGUGAGGCUGGAGCCAUAGGCCAGGGCUUAAGCCCUGUGCUUGCUCUGCCGUGUCUCCAGGCUCUCCUGGCCGCCUGGGCCUCAGUUUCCCCAUAUGUAUAUCGUGUGCAGCUUGCAUGAAGGAACCUUUGAGGCCUGGACAGAGGAUGCCCCUGACCAGAGGGGUCUGCAUGGGGCAGUGGGACUAGGAGUUGGGCCCCUCUCAUAUGAAGUGUCAGCACCUGCCAUCCAAUACAUACACUUAGGUCCUAUCUGGGGCCUUGUCCCCACCCUGAUUGUCUUCCUAUCACCUCCAGAAUGAAGCCCCAACACCCUAGCCUGGAGCAGAGCUCCUUCGGACCCCUAGAAGUGUCUGCCCAGCCCAGUCCACAGCCUUCUUUCUUCCUCUGCCCCUUGCCCCCACCCCAGAGACACGCUACACAUCUGGCUUUUCCACCGAGCAGUGUGACUCAGUUUCCCGUUGGCCCACAGACCUGGAAGAGCCUCAAAGUAGUAGCUGCUAAACCGUGCCUGUGUGACUCACCCAGAGGGGCAGCAGGGCCACUUUGAGGGUAGAGGAGGCUCUGAGGAUCAGACCCCCCACCCAGAGCAAUGCCCCUUUGGCACUUUGUCCUUUUGAGGGGGACUAAAAUAGUCCAGGACACUCUGCUCAAGCUGGGACCCCCUCAUAGAGAAGUUAGGUGCGGCCGAGGAUGUUCAGACUGGGUAACCCAGCCAGGGCCAGGGCUGAGGGGCUGUCGGGGGAAGAGGGGGUGUCAGAAGUUGUGCCUAGGACAAUAGCUGCAGGCGGCUAUGGGGACAGAACUGAGCAGGGACGAGCCCCCUACCCCCACUCCGGGAGAAGGGGCAGAGAGUUGCCAGGGGCAGAGACACCUCCCUGCCUGGAAUGUCCUGCUGGCUGCAGUGGGGUAAGAGGGUGGAAGGGUGCCGGGAUUCACGGCCUCCCACCUGGCCAGCUGUUUAUUGCAGUUUCUUUUCUCCUCACCCCGGUCUGGACCCAACCCUUCCCAUCCUGGCUGCCCCCCAUGCCUGGCCUGCUCUGGGUGUCCUUGCUUCUGCGCACCAGACCUCUGGCUGACUGUCAGCUAAAGUGGAAAAAGAUCAGCCUCCAGGGACCUUUCUAGUACCCAUCCAGGAGGCCUUGCACCUGGCGCCCUGGUCAUGUGUAGCUCCGAGGAAGCAUCCUUGCUGCGGCUAGAGGAGGUCUUCUCUGCUGCCCUCGCCCACAUCAACAGCCUGGUCCUCCAGCCCCUGCUCUUGACCGAGCCCUCGGAUGCCUGGACCCGAGAGUGCCUGCAGCUCCUCCAGCAGCUGCACCAGAGCUCCCAGCGGCUGUGGAAGGUGACUGAGGAGAGCCGGCACUCUCUGCGGGAGAGGCUGCACCACCCCGACUCCGUGGGGCUGGAGUCCCUCCUGCUGCUUCAUGGUGCAGAGCGUGUCCUGCAGGUCCACAUCGAGUACAUCGAGUCCUACACAAACUGCAUGGUGGCGCGGGCCUUUCAGGGGGCAGCAAAGCAGAGGAGCGCGCACUGGCGAGACCAGCGGAAGGUGCUGCAGCAGUUCCUGUGGGCCAUGGGCUCCGUGAGCCUCGAGGGCGCAGUGGGCCCCGUGCUGGUCCAGAGCCUCCGCCAGCCCCUCACCCAUCACGUGCAGCAGUAUGUGUUCCUCCUGCUGAGCCUCGGGGACACCAUCAGGGAGAAUCACCCCACCCGGAAGCUGGUGGUACACGCAGCCACCCUCUUUGGGAACCUGCAGUCCUUCAUGAGCCAGGCGCUGGACGAGGCAAUGGCCACGGAGGCCCUCUGGCCCACCCUGAGCAGCCGGCUGAGGGAUGAGCUCUGCAACCCGGCUGACCGGCGGCUCCUGCAGGACAGCAGGGACAUCCCUGUGACGGUCUCCCCGCUGCGGGCAGAUCGCGUGCUGCUGUUCCGAGACAGCCUUGUGCUGCUGCAGGGCCAUCAUGUCCACACCUUUGAUCUGAAGCUGGUGUGGGUGGAUCCUGGGCAGGACAGGGACACAUUGCACGUGCUCACACCUGAAGAGGAGUUCUCCUUCUGUGCCAAGAACCCGCAGGGCCAGGUGGCCUGGCAGAGGAAGGUGACCCAGGCCGUGCGCCAAGCCCUGUGUGGAAAGAAGGACUUCCCGGUGAUGGGGGCAGACCCAGAGCCGCCUGAGCCCCCUGCCUGCCGCUGCGAGGCGUACACCUUCCAAGUGGAGGGCCGGCUCUGCCAGGCCACCUACGAGGGCGAGUGGUGCUGGGGCAGGCCGCACGGCAAAGGCACCCUGAAGUGGCCGGAUGGGCGGAGCCACGUGGGGAAUUUCUCCCAGGGCCUGGAGCAUGGCUUUGGCAUCUGCCUGGUGCCCCAGGCCGCUGAGGACAAGUUCGACUGUUACAAGUGCCACUGGCGGGAGGGCAGCAUGUGCGGCUACGGCAUCUGUGAGUACGGCACUGGCGAUGUCUACAAGGGCUACUUCCAGGAGGGCCUCCGGCAUGGAUUUGGGGUUUUUGAGAGCGCCCGGACAGCCUCCCAGCCCUGCAAGUACACAGGUCACUGGGAGCUCGGGCAGAGGAGCGGCUACGGCAUCGGGGAAGACAGAGACAGGGGCGAGCACUACAUCGGCAUGUGGCAGGCUGACCAGCGCCAUGGCCUGGGCGUCCUGGUCACCCAGGCAGGCGUCUGUUACCAGAGCUGCUUCCAGGCGGACAAGAUGGUGGCUCUCUCUGUCCCUCUCUGCCUCUUCCUUCUCCUCUUGGAGCUUUUGAGGCCAGCUCUGUCUGCCUCUCCCAAUCCCUCCCCCUUCCCUGGCUCCAGUGUCCGGCCUCCAAGGGCCCAGGCAGGGCCCUGCCCUCCUCAGUUCCAUCUCUGUCCUCACAGGCAGCUGGGCCUGGGCGCCUUCCCUGUGGAGAGCCGCUGGCGGGGCGUCUACGGCCCCUUCUGGGACUUUGUGCAGGCUGGCUGCCCCGGGGACCAGCAGGAGGCGCUGCUGGGCUUCCACGUGCAGAGCUCCAAGGAGCUGCGCAAGUCCCAGGAGUACCUGUGCUGUGAGAGGACCCCCCCUGAGGACAGCACAGACAGUAUCGCUGACCUCCUGGAGCAGUUGCCGCAGCACCGUGAGCCAGGGGCCCUGCAGCAAUACCUCAAGAAGGCUCUGAGCAACUCCUUGCACCCCCUGGGGAAGCUGCUCCGGACCCUGAUGCUGACCUUCCAGGCCACCUACUCAGGCGUGGGCGCCAACAAGCACCUGCAGGGCUUGGCCCAGGAGGAGGUGAAGCAGCAUGCCCGCGAGCUCUGGGCGGCCUACCGGGGUCUGCUGCAGGUCGCCUUACAGCGAAGGGGCCAGGCCCUGGAGGAGGAUGAAGAUGCGGAAACCAGGGACUUGCAGGUGCACAGGCUGGUGCUGCCCCUCCUGCUGCCCAGCUUCUACCCAGAGCUCUUCACCCUCUACCUGCUUCUGCACGAGCGGGAGGACAGUCUGUACAGCCAGGGCAUCACCUGCCUGAGCCUCUUCCCCGACACCAGGCUGCUGGAAUUCUUGGACGUGCAGAAGCACCUGUGGCCCCUCAAGGACCUCACACUGACCACUAAUCAGAGAGACUCCCUGGUCAGGGACAAGUGCUUCCUGUCUGCCAUUGAGUGCCUGCAGAAGAUGAUCACCACAGUGGACCCCCGAGAGAAGCUGGAGGUGCUGGAGAGGACGUAUAGGGAAAUCGAGGCCACUGUGUCUCGGGUGCUGGGCCAGGAGCACAAGCUGCCCAUGGACGACCUGCUGCCCCUGCUCAUCUACGUGGUGUCUCGGGCCAGAAUCCAGCACCUGGGGGCAGAGAUCCACCUGAUCAGGGACAUGAUGGACCCCACGCACACAGGAGGCCUGUAUGACUUCCUGCUCACGGCCCUGGAGUCCUGCUACGAACACAUCAGGAAGGAAGAUAUGCAGCUGCACCGCGUGCCCAGCCGCUGGACCGCCUGGUAGCCUGGCCCCGCUGACACUGACCAUGAGACUCCCUGUGGGAGCAAGCCUGGCAGGCUGGACCCUGUGCUGCCCAGGGCAGUGCAGAGGAGGAGCUGGCCUGAUUGUAGGUGCAAAGCAGUUACUCUUCUCCCCUGGCAGUGGUGGGGGUGGGGGCAGCUGGCUUCUCUUGCCCAAGCUUUGCUCCCGGGUCAUGGAACCCCUCUGCACCUUGGUGUCACCAUGUGCCGAUGCUGGACUGGACAGUCUGGGCCUUUCCAGGCUUUGUGUGCAUCUGGCUGAAUUCCUGGGGUACAACUUGGAUCUCGGGGGGCGGGGUUGUGGUGCUCACGGGACCUCUUGAGUCACCAUAGGUCUGGCUCCCUGCUUCUCCGCCCCUGCGUGAAGCUUCCAGGCAGCUCAGGACCGCUCCAUUGACCAUGGCUGUUUACUGAGAAUGUUCUCCUAGGGACCACUCUCUAGGGCUGUUUGCUCUGAAGAGUCUUCGACCCUGACAAGCUGUGGGGUGACCUGCAGUUGAGUGGGUGGGAUGUGGGAGGCGGGGGUGGUCCCUGAACUGCUGUUCACUGCCCAUGAUGUAAAUGGGGUGCUGGGCAGUGUGACAGGGGCCAGGCUACCAAGCGGCAGGGGAAUAAACAGCCUUGCUUCACCUGC